AUGCCGGAGUCUAUCCCUCAUAAUUAUCUACUGAUGAUCCUCACCUUGUUCCUCUUUUUCAGCAUCUCCUCUGCAAAUCUGCAUGCAUGCAACCAGAAAGACCGCAACUCUCUCUUGUCCCUACCUUUUAAUACCUCAGCUUCCCCUUCUUUAAAUUGGUCUGCCACUGAUUGUUGCCAUUGGGAAGGUAUUUCUUGUGAUCAUAAAGGUCGGGUCACUCAUAUUUCGUUACCCUCUAAGGGUCUCGAAGGGAGUGUAUCUCCAUUCCUUGGAAACCUCACAAGCCUCUCUCACCUCAAUCUCUCCCAUAAUUCACUUUCAGAUUCUCUUCCCCUUGGAUUCUUCUCAUCCUUGAAUCAACUCGAGGUCCUUGAUCUGAGCCACAACCAUCUAGUUGGAAAUAUAUCAUUGUUAUUUUCACCUAAUGGAUCAUGGCCUGCCUCCAUUCGAACAAUUGACAUUUCUAACAAUGAAUUCAAUGGUUGGAUCCAAUCCUCAUUUCUCCAACAAGCAUGGAACUUGAUCGAGCUCAAUGUCUGCAAAAAUAGUUUCCAAGGGCCUAUUCCUUCUUCUCCUUGCAUCAAUUCUCCCAACCUCAGGCUCCUUGAUUUCUCCGGCAAUAAUCAUAGUGGCGAAAUUCCUCGUGGGUUAGGAGGAUGCUCCAAACUAAAGAUUUUCCGAGCAGGUUUUAACUCUCUCACAAAAUCUCUUCCACAUGACAUGUAUAGUGCAACAGCACUAGAAGAAAUCUCCAUACCUUCCAAUUAUCUUUCAGGAUCCAUCAACGAUGGCAUUGUCAACCUUACCAAGCUCUCCAACCUCGAUUUAAGUGACAAUAAAUUCGGUGGCAAGCUUCCACUGGAUUUUGCAAAGCUUUCCAACUUAAAGCACCUGCACCUUCGAAAUAACUUCCUCACAGGUUCUUUGCCACCAUCAUUGAUGAAUUGCACUAAUCUUAUCCAAUUAGAUUUACGAAAUAAUUCCUUGGAAGGAAACAUCUCCAACCUUAAUUUCUCCAGUCUUCAACAACUCACCAUACUUGACCUGGGGUUUAACAACUUCACCGGAAAUUUCCCAGCGAGCCUUCUCUCAUGCAAGUCCCUAAGAGGAGUUCGAAUUUCCCAUAAUCGAUUAGAGGGACAAAUCCCGCCUGAGGUGGCUCAAUUGAGACAUUUAUCUUUCUUCUCAGUUAGUUUCAAUAGGCUAACUAAUUUCACAAGUGCAAUCAAGAUUCUGAUGCAUUGCAAGAGGCUUGAUGUUGUUCUUAUGGGUCACAAUUUCCUACAAGAGAUGAUUUCAAAUGACGACAUCAAUAUGCAGUUUGCUUCUAAUGGAUUCAAAAAUCUUCGAUUUUUGGAUCUUAGUGAGGGCCAACUGACCGGUCAGUUUCCCAUAUGGAUAUCUAAGCUUAAGAAGCUAGAAAUCCUAAAUCUAAAUACCAAUCGUAUCACAGGUCCAAUUCCUGGUUGGUUGCCAAUGCUUCCAAGACUCAUCUCUUUACAAUUGUCUGAUAACCUCAUUUCCAGUGAAUUUCCAAAGGAACUUUGUGCAUUGCCAGCACUAGUAUCAGCACAGUAUCUAGGAGAUAAUAGCUCUUUUCUUUUACCAAUUUUUAACGUAAACAUGAAUCGUUGGCUUCACCAGUACAACUCCAUCAACAACUGGAAGCCAAAUAUAGUCCUUAGAAACAAUAGUCUCAGUGGCCACAUUCCUGUAGAGAUAGCACGUUUGAAGCAACUUCGUACAUUGGACCUUAGCCAUAACAGCUUCUCAGGCAACAUUCCAAGCCAAAUAUCGGAGCUCACAAACUUGGAAGAUCUGGACCUCUCUGAAAAUCAGUUGUCUGGGGAAAUACCAGCAUCGCUAACUAGUUUGAAUUUUUUGCAUAAUUUAAGUGUUGCAGGCAAUAAACUACAUGGAGAAAUACCAUCAGGCACUCAGCUCCAAAGCUUUGAUGCUUCUGCAUACAAGGGCAACCCUGGACUUUGUGGUGACCCACUUCCCAAGUGUGGCAAUCUUACAAGAGACAUGAGUAGAGACAAGGACAUUCAUGAUGAGGAAGAUGGAGAUUCAAUCCCAUGGUUUCAUAUUAUUGUGGCGCUUGGCUUCAUUACAGGAUUUUGUGGAGUGUGUGGUCCUCUGGUAUUGCACCAUAAAUAG